AAUGCCCACCAACUGCUCUCUCAGUAGUUACAGAAAACGAAGAAUCGCAUUUGAAGAAGAAUUGAAAAGAAACGAAAAAGAAAAGAAAAGAAAUUAAGAAAAAAACGAAGUCCUGUGUCGGCAACAGCAAAUCCUCUCUCUCAGCAGCAGCUAUUCAGUCUUCUCUCUCUCUUUCUGAGCAGAGCCGCAGCAGCAGCAUCUUGAAUCUCAAAUUCGAUCAAAUCCCAAUCUAAUCCAAUGCUAGUCCAAGACCGUUCGCCGAAACCCCCAAAACCCACUCCAUCUCCCUCUCUUCCAUCACACCAUCACCGCUUCUCCGAAUCCAAAUCCCUAGAUUUCUCCACCUGGUUCUCAGAAAACCUCUACAAGAUCGUCAUAAUCUCCCUUCUCCUCGCUACUGUCGCAGCUCUCUUCUUCCUUCGCCGCGUCGGCGACACUGCUGCCCUAUUCUGCUUCCAGGAAUCCCAGUCCAAGGCCCACCUCCCCUCUGCCAUUCCCUACCCAAAUCUCCCCCCUUCCUCGUCCAUCCCCGCCAUCAUUGAUCGUUCCUCCCCUUACUCCUCCUUCCGAUCCGACCGUUGGAUCGUCGUCUCCGUCUCCUCCCCUCCCUCUGAUUCCCUCCGCCGCCUUGCCAAGGUCAAGGGCUGGCAGCUUCUCGCCAUCGGCAAUUCCCUCACCCCCUCUGAUUGGUCCCUCAAAGGCGCCAUCUUCCUCUCCUUGGAGCAGCAGGCUAGUCUAGGGUUCAGGAUUGUCGAUCAUCUUCCGUACAAUUCCUACGUGAGGAAGUCCGUCGGGUACCUCUAUGCGAUCCAGCAUGGUGCUAAGAAGAUCUUUGAUGCAGAUAAUCGUGGCGAUGUCAUUGGUGGUGACCUUGGGAAGCACUUUGAUCUCGAGUUGAUCGGCGAGGACGCGCGGCGGACGACAGUGCUGCAGUACAGCCACGAUGACCCGAACCGGACGGUGGUCAACCCGUACAUACAUUUUGGGCAACGGUCCGUCUGGCCCCGUGGCCUGCCUCUCGAGAAUGUGGGCGAGGUCUCCCACGAGGAGUUCUAUACUGAGGUCUACAGUGGGAAGCAAUUCAUUCAGCAGGGGCUGUCAAAUGGCCUCCCAGAUGUUGAUUCUGUGUUCUACUUCACACGGAAAUCUAAGCUGGAAGCAUUUGAUAUCAGGUUCGAUGAGGAUGCGCCGAAGGUCGCACUGCCUCAGGGUAUGAUGGUGCCUGUGAAUUCGUUCAAUACGAUCUUCCAUUCAUCUGCCUUCUGGGGUCUGAUGCUUCCAGUCUCGGUCAGCACCAUGGCUUCGGAUGUUUUGAGGGGUUACUGGGCCCAGCGCAUUUUGUGGGAGAUUGGUGGGUUCGUUGCAGUUUAUCCCCCUACCGUCCACCGGUAUGAUCGGGUAGAGUCUUACCCAUUUUCUGAGGAGAAAGAUCUCCACAUCAACGUGGACCGUUUGAUCAAGUUCUUGAUCUUGUGGCGGUCAGAGAAGCCCACGUUGUUUGAAAAGAUCCUGCAUUUGAGUUAUUCAAUGGCAGAAGCAGGGUUUUGGACAGAGCAAGAUGUGAGGUUUACAGCCGAUUGGCUUCAGGACUUGCUGGCCAUUGGAUAUCAGCAGCCGAGACUGAUGACACUGGAAUUGGGCCGGCCAAGGCCGACAAUUGGGCAUGGUGAUCGGCGGGAAUUCAUCCCUCGGAAGCUCCCAUCUGUGCAUCUCGGGGUUGAGGAGGCUGGGACAGUGAAUUAUGAGAUAGGGAACCUCAUUCGUUGGCGGAAGAACUUUGGGAAUGUCGUGCUUAUCAUGUUCUGCAGCGGGCCAGUAGAACGUACAGCCUUGGAGUGGAGAUUGCUUUACGGUCGGAUUUUCAAGACCGUGGUUAUGCUCUCGGAGCAGAACAAUACAGAUCUCGCAGUAGGAUACGGCCAGUUGUGGCAAGCAUACAAAUACCUGCCAAAGAUAUUCGACCAGUAUACAGGUGCAGAAGGCUUUCUAUUCCUGCAGGAUGACACGGUUCUGAACUACUGGAAUCUGCUGCAAGCGGAGAAGACUAAGCUGUGGAUUACCCACAAGGUCCCUGAAUCUUGGAUGACGGUUUCUAUUGAAGCCAAGAACAAGACAUGGUUUUCAAGCCAGGCAGAACUGCUAAAAAGAGUAGUGUCCAAUCUGCCAGCUCAUUUUCAGGUCAGUUACAAAGAGAGCAUGGAUGAGGAUAAGCAGAGGAUAAUCCUCUGCAAUUCCGAAAUAUUCUACGUUCCACGACGCUUUGUUGGCGACUUUGUAGAUCUUGUGGGCCUUGUUGGUGAUUUGGACAUCCAUCAUAAGAUUGCUGUGCCCAUGUUCUUUAUGGCGAUGGAUUCGCCAAGUAAUUUUGAUGAUGUUUUCCAGACGAUGGUUCAUCGGGAUCAACCACCGUCUAAUGCUUCUUUGAACAUCUAUUCUUCCCAAGCAUCAGCUGUACAUCCGUGGAAUGUGUCGAGCGAGUCCGAUUUUGUAAAGCUGAUAAGAAUCAUGGCGACCGGAGACCCUCUUCUAAUGGAGAUGGUAUAAAACAUGUACCUGAUUCUCUAUUUUGAGGGAAGGGAGGGGAGGUUGUUUGGUGGUUGUUAUUCUUUUGUAGAUGUAUGCUGUAUUAUUAUUCAUUUUGCUGGAUUUUGAGGGGAUUUUCCACGCUGUUGUGAUUA